AUGUGGGCCAACGUUUUACGAGCUAUAGGGGGCAACAAUGCAAGACAAGCUGUGGCCAUAGUGGUCUUUCCCUUGGCCGCCGCAGUGGGGUAUAUGGGUAUGAAGUUAGAGGAAAGCGUGGGCCCUGCCAGUGCUACCACGCGUUUGAGUGUCUACGAGAAGCAGGAGUUGGCUGAGCAACAAAGUAAGAAUAUGUUUAUAGAGCGAAGUGUCGAGUUUAGUGGUAUGAGUGCCGACGCCAGGCCCGAGGGACAGUACGAUGAAUGCGAAGGGAUCGAGCAAUCGACACACGCAGGCCGUCGGAUCAACUAUUUUUUAAGGUGA